AUGUUACUAACAAUUGUGCAACAUAUAUAUAUAUCUUGUUUAAGACAGAUUUACAAAGAUGCUAAAGCCACUUUCCAUGAUUCUAUGGUAGUUUUGAGCGAAUUUAAGCAGUUGAGACCAAGAACUCGUGUUUUCACAAAUUCUGAAGGUAGUUCAGAGCUAUUACUCUGCAUAUAUGGGGAACCUGUACCAGAAUCUUCCAUUCAAACUCCUGUAUUAAUAUGGGUCCCCCAAAAUUAUCCUGCAGAACCUCCUAAUGUAUUCCUAGAUUUGGAAAAACUACAAAAUGCUAGAAUAAGAAUCAGUAAUCACAUUGAUUCUAACGGUAGAAUAUUUUUACCCAUUCUAAAUAAGUGGGACUAUAGGACUUCUACAUUACAAUCACUACUUAUUGAAUUAAUCCAUACAAUCUACUCUACCACACUCGUUGAUCCUGUAAUAAGUGUAUCACCUGAUAAAUUUAACUCAUCAAGACCAAUGGGUAACCAACCAGUACAGUCACCACCUUUACCACCUUUACCUAGCAAAAAACUACUCGAGCAACAAUCACAAUCUAUUCAAAACGAUAGUAUUAACAAUGAUCAACGUGAUAACAAUACCUUCCAAAUACCCUCAUCAUACAAGCAAAAUGAAAUACAUGAUUCUUCCAAUAAUGAGAAUAAUUAUCAAAAAUUUGAAUCUACUCCAUCAAUAUCGCCUUCAAUAACAGAUAUAUCCUCUCAACAGACCACAGGGUCGGAUACUUCCAUACAUUUAUCAAAACAUAUGGUCGACACUUCAAUUGAUCAUCAAUGUAUGGAAAGAACACAAUAUAAUGUGGAUAAUUCAUUUAAUCCACAUUUCAAUCAUCCAAAUAAUUCCAACCAAUAUAUUAGAAAUAACUCUAAUCUGUCACAUUCAUCAUACAAUACAAAUUCUAUCAAUAUACCGUUGGAAUCUUCCUCUAUGAAAUCCCCACAACUUCCACCUAAACCAUAUUUCAACUCUAGAAUAAAUUCUAAUAAUUCAUCAAUCAAUCAAGCAGUUCAAACGAAACCAUCUCUUAUUUCGCCAUCUGCCAAUACUGUGCCCCUUAAUACAAAUAAUACAACUACUGUUAAAAGUGAUAUUCAUAUAUUGCCAAUUAAUCAAAACAUUAAUGCUAGAAAUAAACCCCCAUUAAAACCACCUGCACCUCCAUCCAUUGAUAUAUUAACUUCAUAUGAUAAUAACAAGGAUACUGGUGAUCCAAGAUAUAAAGAUGCCAUUAAUCAACUACAAAAUACAUUAAAUUCAUUGGAUAUUACAGCUUCUAAUAAUUUAGAAAGUCAAGUGAUUAACAGGAAGAAAGCUAUGGAAUCUGCAUUACUACAAUUUGAAAAUAUGUAUAAAUAUGAAUGUGACGUUUUGAAAAAUACUGAUGAUCAAAUUAAUCAAAAAUUGCACGAUAUUGAAUCUCAAGAAAUUAUACUAGAUAAAGAAAUUCAAAAAGUAGAUUUGUUUAAAGAGAAAAAUAACGAGGAUCUAUUGGAUCCUAACACACUCGCCAGUGCUGAGACGAUUGCUAUAAACCAAUUAUAUGAAUUGGUGGCUACUGAUUAUGCACUUACAGAUUCAAUUCAACUUUUAAGCAGACUUUUAAGCCGUGAGAUAAUUACACUAGAAAUUUUUGUUAAAAAAAAUAGAGAAUUAGCAAGAAAACAGUUUUUAACUAGAGUUCAUAUAAAUAAGAUUACACAGUAUUUAGUGUAA